AUGUCCUCAUUGACAAAUAAGAUCGAGCAGCUGGAGGCGGUCAGUGAGGAAGAAGAAACAAGGCAGCACGAAGUGAAUUGCCGAACCCGAAGAACACUGUGGCUCGAAUACCGUGCAUCACUCAAAGAGCGCGUCCUCAUGUACGGCAUCAAGUCGACAUCCUACAGGCAGCUUGUGGGGUAUUAUCCCGUUGUACCUUCUCCUCUGAGGCAAUCUUUCAUCCCGAAGGACGCGCCGAUCGUGGAUGAUGAGCCCGAGUCGGAUGGAGAAGAGGUGGCCGUGGUCCAGAAAGAAGAGGCGACUGUGGCGAGUACUGGCUUCAUGCUCGAAGACGGCUCCAGCGAGUCGCCAUUCUUGCGAUCAGAGGAAGACGACUUUCCCACAUCCUGGGCCGACGACGAAGUCGAGGACACCCAUUUCCUCCCAAGUUUCCUGACACGCACUACAUGUUCCCUUCCCUGA